CACAAAGUUAAUUGAAAGUCUUUAACAAUGAAUUUUUCUUUUGAAAAUAUUUAUUGUCUCUUGUCAAUUUUGCUAUUCUGCUUUUACUGUGAAACAGUAUUGGCAGAAAAUAGAAUUAUAGGAGGACAUAGAGUUUCAAUCGAAAAAUUUCCUUAUAUGCUUCGUCUUAAUGUUGGUAUGAAAGAUGGUAGGCAAAGUGUUUGUGGUGCUUCAAUUAUUGGGACAGACUGGGGACUUACAGCAGCACAUUGCGUGGAAGAAAAAACAACUAAUACAAACAAAGUAGAUGUAAUUGCUGGUACUGAUAAUAUAAAAAAGUUAUCAAGUACUGCUUCAAAACAUAAAGUAACAAGUAUUAUUCGACAUGAGAAGUAUAAUAAAGGAAAAGUAAAUACAUUACAAUUUGACAUCGCUGUCAUUAAAGUAAAUCCACCAUUUACUUAUAAAAACGUGGUUCAACCAGUUAAAUUACCAGAAAAGGGACAAACAUUAGACAUAAAUUUCGCCACAGUUUCAGGAUGGGGACGCACUAAUUUUAACAAACCAGGUUCUGAUGUAUUGCUUGCCGUUAAGGUACCAAAAGUAGAUUAUGGUACGUGCAAAAAAAAAUAUGGAAAAUAUCUAAAUUCAGGAGAAAUUUGUUAUGGAUUCAAGAAUGGCACAGUUUUUUACGAUAAGUGCAAUGGCGAUUCUGGUGGUCCACUUGUUAAUAAGGACGGAAUAGAACUUGGAUUAGUUUCAUUUGGUGUCAAGUGUGGAUCAACAGGAACUCAAGGAGUUUACACUGACGUUCAAUAUUAUCGUGGUUGGAUUAAAGAAAAAACAGGAAUAUAAUUCGAAAAUUGUGUUCCAAUUUUUUCUAUAAAAAGACAGUGAAUACGGAAAAAAUUAAUUUAAAAAUUUUUGUUACUACCUAAUUUUAUAGGUAACAAUUACGAAAUAAUUUAUGUAAUACACAUAAUAUUAAAUAUAUAUAUGUGACUUUAAUUAUAA